AUGUCAUCACUCAGUAUUGGCAACGACAAACCCUUGUCAACUUCAGCCCAUCCUCUCGAUCCUUUAUCAGCAGACGAGAUCCGUACUGCCGUCUCAGCGGUACGAACGUUCUUAGGCACCCAUGAAAAUGUCGGGAAGCCAUUAGUUAGACCUCUAUUCAACAGUAUCAGUCUCCGUGAGCCACCUAAAUACGCUGUGCUUCGAUGGUCUGGUUUAUUCGACGAGCAAGAUCUCGAAGCUGUGGGAUCAUCUGGUACAGAGCCAUUGAAACGACAAGCUGAUGUCCACCUCAUCUGCCCUUCCUCAUCUCAAAGCUUCGAAGGAGUGGUCGACCUGCCCUCGAACCUUCCAGGACAGAAGCAGACGUCUGCGGCUGUAUCAGUCUGGACGCCAUUGCCCGAGUUGAUCCAACCAUCACUCCAAACUGAGGAACUCAUAUGGGCCGAGGAGAUCUGCCAGAAGGACGAAAAGGUUCGACUAGCAUGUGAAGCUAUCGGUAUCAAGCAGUCAGACAUUGCUGUUGAUGGCUGGUGCAUUGGUCUCGAUGAACGAUUUCCAGGACGCCGUCUACAACAGUGCUUCAUCUUUGCAAGACUCCGUCCAAACGAUAAUCUCUACGCGCAUCCUUGCGACUUCAUCCCGGUAAUCGAUUCGCACACUGGAGAAGUCCUCACUAUCGACUACCCUCACACUAAUCAGAAGCAAGGCGAAGCCCAUCCUCCUUCAUCUGCGGAAGCUCACGGGGCUAAAGAACCCAGAGAGCGAUUCGCCCCACCCAUGUCUGGACAGAAUUACCUUCCCGAACAAAUCGCUUUAGAUGACCCAACAUUCAAGGUGCGAGAUACAUUGAAACCGCUUCACGUUGUACAGCCCGAAGGAGUCAGCUACUCGUUAGAGGGAAGAGUUCUCAGCUGGCAGAAUUGGAAAUUGCAUAUUGGAUUCGAGUUCCGUGAGGGGCUUGUGCUUUCAAAUAUCACCUAUGACGAUGGCGUCAAGGGGACGAGACCAGUCUUCUACCGAUUAUCGGUAGCAGAGAUGGUUGUUCCAUACGCCAAGACGAUCUUCCCUCACCAUCGAAAGCAAGCGUUCGAUACGGGUGAAUAUGGUGUUGGAGCUCUUGCCAAUUCCCUUGCUCUCGGGUGCGAUUGCUUGGGAAGUAUCACGUACCUCGAUGCGGACUUUGUGACUAGAGCGGGUGGAAUCGAGACGAUCAAGUCGGCGAUUUGCAUACACGAGGAGGACGCUGGGAUCUUACACAAACACACCGACUUCCGUGAUAACCGGGCUCACGUUGCAAGAAACCGUAAACUUGUCAUCUCCUCCAUCUGUACCGUCGCAAACUAUGAGGUCAAAGCUACUGGUAUAGUCAACGCAUAUGCUCUGGCUCCUGGGGAGGCUCGCGAUCCGUCGCAUGAGGUGGAAGUUGCUCCACGUAUAGCUGCUCAACAUCAUCAACAUCUCUUCUCACUACGCGUUGACCCAAUGAUCGAUGGUUUACAGAAUCAAGUGGUUCAAGUGGAUUCGGUCCCCGAUGAUGAGGAUGUUGGCAGUGAUAGUAAUUUCUACGGUAACGGAUUCAAGACUGUCAAAACAUUGUUCAAGAGUAGUAAAGAUAGUGUAUCCAACGCCGAUUCUGCCAAAGCACGAGUUUGGGCGAUCGAGAACCCCAACAAGCAACAUUUCAGCACUGGUGGUAACGUCAGUUAUAAGAUUGUGUCCAAGGACAUGCCACCCAUGUUGGCUAAACCAGGUUCAAUCGUAUGGAAUAGAGCACCGUUCGCCCGACAGAAUAUGUUUGUGACGACGUACUCGGAUGACGAAAAAUUCCCCUCCGAUGUUCACAUAAACCAGAAUCCCGGAGGACCGGACUUUGGUUCCCAACAAUGGAUCAAUAGAGACGAUAACAUCGUUAAUAAGGACGUUGUCUGCUGGCCAUGUUUCGGUGUGACUCACAUCUCCCGACCAGAAGAUUGGCCAAUCAUGCCAGUGGAAAUCCUACGGGUCCACCUCAAACCCUCUGGCUUCUUCGACCGUAAUCCUGGUUUAGACGUCCCGUCAAGUGCUGAUUCUAAAUCACGUUACGCCAAUGAAGCGUUCACGAAAGGGAAAGUGAAUGGACUCAGCAAUGCCAACGCAUCUUAUAGACUUGAAGAAUCAGUUCAGUUCUGUGCAAGAUGGGCUAGAAGCGGUGUGAAGAUAUCAGUGGUCGUAGCUAGUUGUAUUAAUAUGCAUAUCGGAUAUAUCGCUUGGUGGUCACAGGGUGCACCCUUAGCAUAA